AUGAGCCUACGAUCUACGACACUGGGCAAACGAACGAUAUCGCACGCUGUAGGAAUAGUGCCUAGCGUGGUUGUGUUCUGGCAUAUGGUCACAAUAUCCCAUCGUGACUUACAAUUUUACCUGAUGAUCGUAUACGGCUUGUUUACCACGUUGUUGUUCUCGUCUUCCACAUGCUACCACGCCCAAGCGAGCGUGAGUGCCUCGACUUUUAGUUCCAACGUUAAGUUGCAGAUUACACCGGAACAUUUCAGGCAGACGAGGUUGCGGUACUAUCUUCAUAUAUGCGACCGCGCCGCUAUUUAUUUAUUCAUAGCAGCCUCAUACACGCCAUGGCUAACGCUGCGACAUUGUGGAUAUCCGGGUCUGAACUUGAAGUGGAUGAUCUGGGUGUUUGCAUUUCUUGGAAUACUGUAUCAAUAUAAUUUCCACGAAAGAUUCAAAACACUAGAAACACUUCUUUACAUAUUUUCGAUCGUGGUGUCCGGACUACGAUCUGUGGCAUUUCACUAUGGUGCUUCUUGCCACACUUACGCCGUGUAUUCCACUUUGCUCGGACCAGACCCGAAUAAUCCAGUUCCGGAUCUGUCACAUUUGGAACUA